GGUCAGAAUAUAGUUUCUUGGAGAUCAUCUUAUCCGGUUCUAAAGCUUCCGCCUGCAAAAGAAGUAAGAUACCCAAAAAGAAGGAAACAAUGUCGUUCCAAAACUUUCCCAACCAUCAUUGGCACAACCAUUACCGCCAGGCGGGGCCUCCUAUGGCGUAUGUCCAUGAAGAUGAAAGCUUUCCCAACCAUCAUGGGCACAACCUUCACCACCACGCGGGGCCUCCUGCGGCUUAUGUAUAUGAAGAAGGCGAGCGAGGUAAGAUAGCUCCAGCCAGGGCCCAGAUGGCAUAUGAGUACGAACGCACACCGUCGUGGAACCAAGAAGAGAAGAGGAACAGCAUUGCCCAGGAGGAUGUUGAUCGAGAAGCCGAGGAGUUCAUCCUCAUAGAGCACAAGAAGUUCGAGCGAAACAGGGGGCUAACCAUGAAGAACGGGUGAAGGUGAUGGAGCAGAGCAUUAAAUAAAAACCCAUCGGGAUUGUUUGUCCAACUAAAUAAACAGUAAUAAAUGUCAUGGGGUGUAAUUCCAUAAUGAGUGUUUGUAUGUAUAACUCGUCGAAUGUUUCCACAUAUAUUUGCGAGCUUGCAUGUCUUAGAAAUGUUUCCUAUCUUCUUCCUCAUGAGUUCCACAUUAAUUGACUUUCGGACCGUCCUUUCUCGAAUCGGGUUGUACAAGAGAACAGAACCAGAGACCACAAUUACAUAAGAUUUUGUCUCAAAA